AUGAGUACCUUGUUAGAGACAUCUCUGGGCGAUAUCGUCAUAGAUCUACUAGUUGAUGAGUCGCCCAAGGCUUGUGAGAACUUCCUGAAGCUCUGCAAAAUCAAAUAUUACAAUUUCGCCCCCGUCCACAGCGUCCAGAAGAACUUCUCUUUUCAAACCGGUGACCCAUUAGGUCCUGAUGCGCCCGAAAGCGAUGCCGGUUCCUCAAUCUGGGGCAUUCUCGAUGGCCCCUCGAAGCGCACCUUUCCAAUCGAUCUGCCGAAGCUCAAGCACUCCGAACGCGGAAUGGUGAGCAUGGCAACCGUUCCAGCCACCAACGAUCCCGACCAACGGCUUGCUGGAAGUCAAUUCUUAAUUACCCUCGGUGACAAUUUGGAUUAUCUAGAUGGGAAAGCGGCUAUUUUUGGAAAAGUUGUUGAGGGAUUUGAUGUACUGGAAAAGAUUAAUGAUUCUUUCAUUGAUGACCGAGGCCGACCCUUGAAAGAUAUUCGUAUCCGUCAUACGGUUGUCCUGGAUGAUCCCUUCGAUGAUCCAGCAGGUCUGGUAGAGCCACCCGAGAGUCCCUUACCAUCGAAAGCUCAAUUGGCGACGGUGCGCAUUGCGGAUGAUGAAGAAUUGGGCGAGGAAAUGGAUGAGGAUGCCAUGGAGAAGUUGCGCCGAGAGCGCGAAGCUCGGGCUCAGGCAUUGACAUUGGAGAUGGUCGGAGAUCUACCAUUUGCUGAUGUCAAACCCCCAGAGAAUAUCCUCUUCGUAUGCAAGUUGAACCCCGUUACGCAAGGUAUGUCCAACCCUACUACAUGUGUCUGGUUUAUAAUCGAACUUUAUACUCACCAUGACGCAGAUGAGGAUUUACAAUUGAUCUUUAGUCGGUUCGGAACAAUCUUGUCCUGUGAGGUCAUCCGGGAUAAGCGGACUGGGGAUAGUCUGCAGUAUGCGUUCAUCGAAUUCGACAACCAGAAGGACUGUGAGCAAGCGUACUUCAAGAUGCAAGGAGUGCUUAUCGAUGAUCACCGAAUCCAUGUUGACUUCUCUCAAAGUGUAUCCAAACUGUCGGAAAGCUGGAGAAAUGCCACUGUCACUAAGCGAAAGCAACGAGGCGGUUUCGGUGGUGUGGCAGACCUUGAAAAGAAACGCCAUUACCGAGUUGCCGACGAAUAUCGAGCCGAUGAAGCCGACAAUAGUUACCGGAUGGUCUUUGAUAAAAACAAGCCUCGCCGCGAUCAACCUUCUGGACCCUCUGGGCCCUCUGGACCCUAUGGACCCUCUGAUCCUCCCCCUCCCCCUCGUGAUUCAUAUCGCGACCGAAGAGACAAUGACAGAUCACGACGUCGAUCUUAUAGUCGCAGUCCUGGUCGCAAAGAUUCUCGGCGCGAUCGUCGGGACUAUGACGGACGGCGAGAUGACCGGUAUGACCGACGACGAUAA